CGUAUGUGCACUUGGGCAGCCGUGUACCAAACCGCUCACCAAUAUGCAGAAACAGACGGACGGCGCUAGUGUCGCCACAGCAGAACAAAAUGAGCUGAUGGUGGCGGAAAGGGACUAUAUGUCUAACAAUAGUAUGAAGAGGAGGAUAGUUGUGCUCGUUACCAUAGCAAUGGUUGUUUUUAUAUUUGUGCCCACUUGGUGGGUUACAACACGCGUAUACAGAGCCACUUUGCCUAUGGAGAAGAUACAUUCUAGAAGCGGCUAUAAAAUGGACAUGCAUUUGAAUUUUACACUCGAAAAUCUAAGCUACGGGGAAAAAAAGACACACAACGAAUGUGAUGUAGAUCUUAUUACUUUAGCGGAUAUUGUGAACGCGGAGUUGGAUCAGAAGCACUUUGGUGUACUCGGUGAUAGACUUGAAUCCGGCGCUCAGUUGCAUAUAGAUGUGAAGGCAGGGGACAAAACUCCAAAAGAAUACUUCGACACCAUAAAUGGUGUGUCGUCAGAGCAUUCACCUGGGAGGGUAGGUAACUACCGAAUGUAUUUAAAGUACUCGGGACACCAAACGGACAAGGCGUCGCCACAGCUGUUACUAAGCAACCAUAGGAACAGCUUGCUUAGUUACAGUGAAUGUGAUAUAGCGAAUUUGGCAGAAAGUGUACAACAUGCAUUGCUGAAGGUUGCAGGCGGCUAUGAACAUCUAUCCAGUGUUGUCGAUCGAAAGGCAGCGAGCUUUCAGGACGAUUUCGCCAAGCCUGAAACGAGGUACCACGUGCGGGCGAGUGUGAUAGUGGCAGAUGACAGAGCACAUAGGCUCCAAUGGGAUACGCAUACGACCUUCGAGGAUGAACUUCAACCCAUGCUCGACACCCUGAGUGAAACGGUGAAUGUCACGUACUCGUCACAGAUUGUGUAUCACGCAGCACUCGACCCUCAACGGUUAACGGUUCAUUACGACCCUGAAACUGCAGACCACUUCCUCACUCCAUCGGACCUCAAAGUGUUCGUCGACCCCAUCGACUGGAAUUUCGGUACCUCUACCAGUGAUACCACUCUAAACCUUCUCGUUUACAUCCCCAGCCUAGAGGAAAGUCCAUUGCGAAUAAGGGACGAGAACUCGGUCAAUACAGACACCAAUUCGUUCUAUCUACCUGGAUGGGGCGGGGUAGUUGUGGUGAACGCUGAAAAGGACGAUGACCAAGCACUCUCACCGAAUAUCACAGUUGUCACGCAUUUACCAGCACACGCUGCUAGCCGAGUGUUCAGUACAUUCAGGCAACACUUGCGUGCACUGUUGGCUGCACCCGUCGAGCACAAUGAUGAGACAACCACAAGUACCUGCACGGCGGCACCUGAGGGAGUGUGUCAGUGGGAAACGGAUAUCAUGCAACGAAGACGUAUAGUGCAGUACGUUGACGAGGCUUUCAAAUCAAUGUCAUCUCUGGCGAAACUGCUCGAGAGUAUACCCAACAUGGCUAUAGCGGACCAUCUCCAACAGGAUGUACUGAAGGCAUUGAGCGAGAUUGACCGGUGUGAUAACUUAGUGAAGAAAGGGCAAUACUCGUAUGCGCUUGCAGCGGCCGAGCAGGCAUAUCAAUACGCAGAGAAGGCUUUCUUCGACCCCAGCAUACUGGAGAUGUUGUACUUCCCAGACGAACAUAAAUUUGCCAUCUAUCUGCCACUAUUUAUGCCUCUCGGUGUAUCCAUACUGGUUUCAUUCAAGAAGGUAUUAAAAGACAGGUAGCUUCAGAUCUUAUAUCGAAGCCACGACACUUUGAAAUAAAAUACUUGAAACCAAAUUCCGUUCGAAUCAAGGUUCAAGCAC